UGGCUCAACCACGUGUCAGUCAACGUCGGGGCGUAACUGAGCGAACGAGUCUACGCAAGGGACGUAGCGUCCGCGAUUUUUGUGAAUUACUUAAGCGGGCUUCUUUCUCACAAGUGCAUCUAAGCUGGAAAAGAAAUGUUUUAUUCCGUGUACUACGUUUAACUAGCGGGCAGGAACGGUGUUAAUAUUCGUUCGUGUAGUGGCGCAAGAUGACAAUGGAGCUUUCCUAUCAGACUAUUAAAACAGCCAACCAGGCGAGAGAAGCGGAUGAAAUGAAAGCUGAAGCUAGAAGGAAGAAUCUUUUAAUUCUGGUUCUUCAUUACUUGUCUGAGGAAGGAUAUUUAGAUGCUGCAAAUGCAUUAGAACAAGAGACGAAUCUGGACCUACGUCGGUAUGAAGUGUGCGACAACAUUGACUUGGAGACCGUCCUUAUGGAAUAUGAGAGCUACUAUUACGUAAAGUUCCAGAAAUACCCAAAGCUCACAAAAAAGUGUGCAGAGACAGGAGGAAAUAAACACCCAAGGAGUGGAGGAAAAUGUAAAAGGACACCCAGUUCUUCAGCCCACAACCUUCCUAGAAUUAGUCAAUCCAGUACGGCACAGCGACCUUCCUCUAAAGCACUGGGUAAAAAAACAGAACCAAAAGCAAUGGCGAAAGACAGUUCAAAGAUAGACAGUGGUCUCUCAAAACCUCCUGAAACUGGAGAUUUCGGUUUAAAUGUGUCUCCUAUCAACAAAAAUGGAGGGGGGAAUGGCACACAUAUGAAAAAGGGACAGAUCAUUGACUUUCGCCAACUGAUUCAAGAUGCAAUCAAAGGAGCUUCCAAUGAAAUAUCCAUAAAUAGCCUGAAUUAUAACCAGGAUCCCUCUGAACGCCUUGUUAAACCACUAAGUGCCUUUAUUGGAAUGAACAGUGAAAUGAGGGAGCUGGCCGCAGUAAUAAGCAGGGAUAUAUAUUUGCACAAUCCUAAUGUAAGAUGGGAUGAUAUUAUUGGACUUGAUGCAGCCAAGCGACUGGUCAAAGAAGCCGUAGUAUACCCCAUAAAGUAUCCCCAGCUAUUUACAGGAAUUCUUUCUCCAUGGAAAGGCCUUUUGCUCUAUGGACCCCCAGGCACUGGGAAAACGCUUCUUGCCAAGGCUGUUGCCACUGAAUGCAAUACGACGUUUUUCAACAUCUCGGCAUCCAGCAUUGUCAGCAAAUGGAGAGGGGACUCAGAAAAGCUGGUUCGAGUUCUGUUUGAGCUGGCAAGGUAUCACGCUCCUUCUACAAUCUUUUUGGACGAGUUGGAGUCGGUAAUGAGCCAGAGGGGUACCGGUCCAGGAGGGGAGCAUGAGGGAAGCCUUCGAAUGAAGACAGAGCUGCUCAUACAGAUGGAUGGACUGGCACGUUCCGAUGAUCUCGUCUUUGUCUUAGCUGCUUCCAAUCUGCCAUGGGAACUUGAUCAUGCAAUGCUCCGGAGACUGGAAAAAAGGAUCUUGGUGAACCUCCCUAGCAAAGAAGCAAGAGAAGCUAUGAUCAAACACUGGCUGCCACCAGUAAGCAACUCUGGGGGUGUGGAGCUGCACACGGACCUGCGAUAUUCUCUGCUCGGUCAGGAGACUGAAGGCUAUUCAGGCUCUGAUAUUAGGUUGGUCUGUAAAGAAGCUGCAAUGAGACCAGUCCGAAAAAUCUUUGAUGCUCUAGAGAGUGAUCAGGGAGGCAAAACACUGCCAGGUAUCAAACUCGACACGGUGACGACCCGCGAUUUCCUGGAUGUGAUUGCGCACACAAAACCAUCUGCUAAAAGUUUAACUGACAAGUACACCGCGUGGCAGGAGGAAUAUGAAUCUGUUUAGCCUUCUGUUCACGCAAUAUGAACUUCUGGAGGAAAGGACACGUCACAUUCACCUCCGAGAAGAACCGGAAACUGCACCUGUCUGGCUGCACUUUAUUUUCCAGAUAUGGACUGAUUUUCAGGCCAGUUUUUCAUUUUAGAUAACCAAUUAUGUUCUAGACAAGUUCAGAAGGAUCACGUCUUUUAGAAAGUUUUCGUGCCCUAAGCACAGACAAAUCAUGCCUGCUGCCCACUACUUAAACCCAUGUACGAGAGUAAGUCAAAAACAUCAAAAAUGACGCGGUGGCCACAACAGACAGACGUUGACGCAUUACAAUACGUUCGCGAUGGCCGCGGUUCACAAGCUGUAUGGCCCACCCAAACAAAAUUAACACAGAAUCACGGAUAAUUAUUGACAUAACCUUAUACAUUAAAGGAAGGUUAAACGUAAUGCAGUACUUUUUGUGCGAGUAUUGAAAUGUGUAACCUUGAUGUCAUUCCGUAGCAACUUGUUAAUUAUAAGGGGGCUGUUACCCUCGAGAAUGGUGGGACGUGCUGUAACACUGGGCUGUUACGCUUGACAAUGGUGGGAUGUGGUGUAACAUGGGGCUGUUACGCUUGACAAUGGUGGGACGUGGUGUAACAUGGGGCUUUUGUGCUCAAGAAUGGUGGGAUGUGGUGUAACAUGUGGCUGUUAGGCCCGAAAACGGUGAGACGUGGUGUAACAUGGGGUUGUUACACUUGGAAAUGGUGGGACGUGAAGUAACAUGGGCCUGUUAUGCUUGACAAUGGUGGGACGUGGUGUAACAUGGGGCAGU